AAUUAAGAGGAAAUAAGAAGAUAUUUCAUAUUUCACACCAAAUUCGGUCGGUCCAUAAAAUUAUGGCAAGAGGUAAUUGAAGUUGGAAGAAGAUGAUGGCCAUGGGAGCCGUUUCUCAUUUCUUGGCACUCACUGCCAUUGUUACUGUUGCUUAUCAAUUGUUGUUCUUCAUAAUCACAGCGAUUCUCAAGUUCGAUAAACUCACUGACUUUGCAGGAACCACAAAUUUCAUCCUACUUUCAAUAUUAACCUUAGUUCUUAAGGGUUCUUGGCAUUUUCGACAGGUGAUUUUAUCUGUGCUGGUAGUAAUAUGGGGUCUUCGGCUGGGACUGUUUCUUUUAAUGAGGAUAUUGCAGUGGGGAGAGGACCGACGUUUUGAUGGAAAGCGUGAUCAGUUAGGGAGAUUGGCAAUAUUUUGGACAUUUCAGGCCAUCUGGGUGUGGACUGUUAGUUUACCUGUGACAGUCAUUAAUGCAAGCGACAAUCAACCGUCUCUUCAUGCUGGAGAAAUUAUUGGUUGGAUUAUGUGGUCCCUUGGAAUUUUAGUCGAGAUUAUCGCUGAUCAGCAAAAGUUGAAAUUUAAAAGUUCGCAAGAAAACAGAAGAAAAUGGUGUAAUGUUGGACUUUGGAAGUACUCUCGUCAUCCUAACUACUUCGGUGAGAUCAUUCUCUGGUGGGGAAUUUUUGUGGCUUCUACCCCAGUGCUAGAGGGUGCUGAAUGGUUAGUCGUGUUUGGACCAGUUUUUCUUACGCUGCUACUGCUUUUUGUUAGCGGCUUACCAUUGCUUGAGGAAUCAGCAGACAAGAAGUUUGGGAACGUUGCUGCUUACCUCUCAUAUAAAAGAACAACAAGCCCACUCGUUCUGCUGCCUCCGGGAGUAUAUGGGAAUCUGCCCCAGUGGUUCAAAACAUCUGUCCUUUUCGAGUUUCCUUUGUACAACAACAAUCUCUCCAAGAAGAGCUAAGUUGAUAAAGGUUUGUUCAAAUAAAGACGACGUCUAUUCCUUCCCAUACUUGUUCAUUUUUCCACUAUCUGCAAUUGUUGUCAAACUGGGCAUGUUUACAUGGGUUCUAUCUUCAACUAACCAACCCUUUACAAUAUUGCAAAUAUUGAUAUAUUGACCUACUAUA